AUGAGGAUUAGAGGUACUGCCCGCAGAAAGAAGAAGGUUGUCCACAGAACAGCUACAGCAGAUGACAAGAAACUUCAGUUUUCUUUGAAGAAACUGGGUGUCAACAAUAUUUCUGGAAUUGAAGAGGUAAAUAUGUUUACCAACCAAGGAACAGUCAUUCACUUCAAUAACCCUAAAGUUCAGGCAUCUCUGGCUGCUAACACUUUCACUAUCACCGGCCAUGCUGAGACAAAGCAGCUGACAGAAAUGCUUCCUAGCAUCUUAAAUCAGCUCGGAGCUGACAGUUUGACCAGCCUGAGGAGAUUGGCAGAAGCCCUACCCAAGCAACCUGUGGAUGGAAAAGCACCACUUGCUACUGGUGAUGAUGAUGAAGUUCCAGAUCUUGUCGAAAACUUUGAUGAAGCUUCAAAGAAUGAGGCAAACUGAACUAAGUGACACUUUCUGAAUAAAGUUAAAACUUGAAGAAGCUACAUGGAGCUGCUAUUUUAUAUUGUGACUGCUUUUAUUUGAUUUUAUUUUUAUUUCCUGAUGAGAUCUCAAGAUUUGUAAUAUUUGGAAACUCCUUGAACCUGCAGCUCUUUUUCAGUUAUUGCUUGUACACAAUAUUAUUUUUGUGGCCUGGUUGAACAAACCUAUGCUUUGAAAUAAGUCAGAUUGAUAAUGAAUCUCUGCCUAGACACAGUUCUUGAGCAACUUGUUGUCCUGGUUUCGGCUGGGAUAGAGUUAAUUUUCUUCUUAGUAGCUGGUAUAGUGCUGUGUUUUGGAUUCAGUGUGAGAAUAAUGUUGAUAACACGCUGAUGUUUUAGUUGUUGCUAAGUAGCGCUUAUCUUAAGCCAAGGAUUUUUCAGUUUCCCAUGCUCUGCCAGCAAGCAGGUGUGCAAGAAGCUGAGAGGGAGCAUAGCCGGGGCAGCUGACCUGAACUAGCCAAAGGGAUAUUCCAUACCAUAGAAUUUCAUGCCCAGUAUAUAAACAGGGAGGAGUUGGCCAGGAGGGGUAGAUCGCGGCUCUGGCAUCGGUCAGCGGGUGGUGAGCAAUUGCAUUGUGCAUC